AUGACUGAUACUUUGAAAUUUCAGGACUUGACUCCAUGGUGUCCGUUUACCGCAUUUGAAAGGGAUAAAGAAAACCGUAAGCGAAGCCGGAAAAACCGACAAGGUCUUACCUCCCAAGUAAGAAAGGAUCUCAAUAAGGUUAAUCCAAAAGCUGCUGAACCAUUGGCUGAUCUUGAGGAAUAUCCGAAUCUGUUUGAAGACUGGCAAGUUGCACCUGCUGUUGAGUCUAAGGCUGCAGAAACAUUGAAUGUUUACCCUCUGGCAAAGCAGUACAUCAGUCAUGUUGGCAAGUAG